AUGCCGGCGCCCGGCCGGGGCCCCCGCGGGCCGCCGCUGACCAUGCCCGGGCGCCGGGGGGCGCUGCGCGAGCCGGCUGGCUGCGGCUCCUGUCUGGGGGCGGCGCUGGCCCUGCUGCUAGUGCUGCUGCCGGCUGGCUGCCCGGUGCGGGCGCAGAACGACACGGAGCCCAUUGUGCUGGAGGGCAAGUGCCUGGUGGUGUGCGACUCGAGCCCGUCGGCGGACGGCGCGGUAACCUCCUCCCUGGGCAUCUCCGUGCGCUCCGGCAGCGCCAAGGUGGCCUUCUCCGCCACGCGGAGCACCAACCACGAGCCGUCCGAGAUGAGCAAUCGCACCAUGACCAUCUACUUCGACCAGGUACUAGUAAAUAUUGGCAACCAUUUCGAUCUUGCCUCCAGUAUAUUUGUAGCACCGAGAAAAGGGAUUUAUAGCUUCAGCUUCCACGUGGUCAAAGUGUACAAUAGACAAACCAUCCAGGUCAGUUUAAUGCAGAACGGCUACCCGGUGAUCUCAGCCUUUGCAGGAGACCAGGACGUUACCAGAGAAGCUGCCAGCAACGGGGUCCUGCUGCUGAUGGAAAGGGAAGAUAAAGUGCAUCUCAAACUGGAGAGGGGGAACCUCAUGGGAGGCUGGAAGUACUCCACGUUCUCGGGCUUUUUGGUUUUUCCUCUAUAAACACAGAGCCCCCAGACGGUGGGACAAGUUGUGAUCUGGACCCAGGAAUCUGCCCUUCCUCAACUCCCUGAACUUGCCAGAAUAGGACCACUUAUUUCCCACCUCCGUCAGAUGGUUGAGGUAGAAGAAUGAUUUCCUUCUAAAUCUCCAGUAUUUUCUUUGAAUAUUGACCAUUCCUCGGGAACCUGGCUUCUAAUUAGUUUUAGACGACAAGGUCUGAAGGAGAAAGGAAAUUAUCGAUUUGAGCAGUUUGUUCCUGUGAUUGUAAAGUCAAUAUUGGAUCUUAUUGUGGGGACCAUUGACUUUUCUUCUUUUGUUUGUCCGUUGUAUUGUUGCCCCCACACAAGGAGUGCCGCUGACCCCAGGAUGGAUGGCAGGUCGCAGGCAGGGCUCAGAGCAGGAGCCCUGCAAAUCACCACCCGCCGGAUAGUCCUUGAAAUGUGUUCUUUGUGUGUCUGUUCAGCCUUAAGAAAAAGAAUGGCUUCACUUUCAUUCUGUAUUUUCCCCCAGGGUGGACGGGAGGCCUCGGGAGGGGGAAGGGGACAUUGUGAAUCUGUCAAGAAGUGCUUUAUCCGGAGAAGCAAAUUUUGCACGAUUGGACCUCGACUUUUGCUUUGUAUUGUUUGUCUGUGUGCGUGUGUGGUUUUUUUUUUUUUUUUUUUGUUUUGUUUUGUUUUGUUUUGUUUCGUUUCCUGGAAAAGCUUUACUUUUCUUUCCACAUUCAGCUCUCCCUCCUUGCCCCUACUUCUAUUUUAUUUAUUUAUUUAUUUUUUUGUGCUGGGAUGGGGAGACAAAUGUAUGUUGAAUUCUUGAAUGAGACCAAACAAAACAACACAAAAUAUACCUAUGUAUUUUGUUUUGGUUGAGACCAAACCAAACAGAAGGUACCUGUAUAUCAAAGUACAAAUAACAGAUGGACAAUUCUUCUUCUUCUUUCCAAGAUAUUCUCUCAGAUGCACCUUUAGAACCAACAAGCUGGAUUUUUUUUUUUUUUUAAUGCUCUGGAAUACUUUAAGAACUUGAUGUUCCUGGGUGGCCUGAAUCACGUCUGAUGAGGACGGAUGCUGUAAUGACCAAGUCUCCUAUACACACGCUUUCUUGGUCCAGUGUACCUGGGUCUUGCCAGCAGCCUGUCUCCAUCUAUUUGCACCCACCUCUGCGCCAGCACACCAGGAUCAGGUGCUUCAAAGCCAACAGGACCAGCCAGUCUCCCUCAGGAUCCUCCUCUGAUCUGCCAAGGGAAGAGGCGUGUUGACACUCCCUGCGGACCCCUGGUGAGAAGCCACCUGCAAAUCACAGAGGUUACAGGUAUUGGCAGAGGCACCCUGGGAGCAGUUUUGCAAAUCCUUCUUCUUUGGCCCCUUGUACAACAAUAGUAUUACAAUACAGCUGGGAGUCGAUGGGUGCAGGAUGCAUAUGCCAAGGAAAUGUUACUAAAUCCCAAAGCAAUCGAAGAAGAGACCUCACAGCGGAUGUUAAUUUGUCCUUUGUGUCACAAUGUAACCAAAAUAUUGAUGAUAAAAAGUCAUAAUUUAAGAUUCAGAAUAAAUGGGUUUGAUGUCUGGCUUGUUCUCCCUUCGCAUCGUUUCCCAACUCCUACAAGGUGUGGAAGUAAAGACCAAGGACCGAGGACUCGGGGAAAGGAGUUCCACACCAUGCCUCUUGAAAACACACACUCAAAUGCACACUCUCAUAUGCAGAUCUAGCUAUGGGUCAAGAUGGAAAUUGCACACUUAAGUACAUUUCAGUUUAUAUAUAUGUAUUUUUCACACGAGAAGAUUUUGGGGGGAGAUAACGUGAAAAAGAUAGCAUUAAAAAGGCUUUGUGGCUAGGCAAUCUGCUUUCAUCACAUAUAAUCAUCGAUGUGGUCAAGUCCCAAUCCAAUAUUUAAAUCAGUGAACAUGGAUGUAAAAGAAACUGACAUUUUAAUAUAGCAUCAAUUUUUUCUAAGAUCCAUGUGAGCAUGGGGAAGCAUUGGGUUCCAUUUUCAAAUAAGAAACUCCAUGAGGAUGAUAGAAGUGCAAAAAAUAUACAGUUUGAUGAAGAGUCUAAGUUUUACUGGCCUUAGGUGGACAGCAUAAUAAAGUACAGAAUUUAAUUUGAACUAAAAUGCUAUUUUAUUUUGUUAGGAAAAGAAAAAUCAAGAAACAUCAACCAAAAAACACUUGGGUAUUUUGCCUCUGUGAUUAGGAGACAACCUUCUACGUAUGAGCAUUGUUUUUUAAUGCUGUUGAUGCAAGCAGUAGGAUGCUAGCAGAUGUUUUUCUUCUGUGUUUUACUGCCCUUAGUGAAUUCGUCCUCUAUCCCUAAUUUUUUAAACCUACCGCUCAAUUCCAGACAGGCAGCGAAUUUCAUUAGGGGACAAUAUCGUCCUUCAGAGAUAGAAAAACACAUGCGUACGUGUUAUUUUUAUUGCUUCCUAAUAUGUAAUGCACAUAUUUGUUUGUAUUUACAGCUUUACUCCAUACAGGUUGUUAUUUGGUUAUGCUGUCUAAUAAAUAAGUUAUUAAAUUGAUGAGUCUAAAAAUAAGCAUAUUUCAGGAGUUCAUUUUGUAUGAGGAAAAAAGCUUCAUCCUGUUUAAUCCCACUCCUGCCAGUUAUUAUUUAUUUAUUUAUUUCUGUCUGGAUCUGGAUGCCAAAAACUACAUUAGGGAGAAGCCAUGACUAGGUUUUCUGAAGUUGUUUUGCCGCCCGAGUUCUGUCUGGCUAAGGAUCUUGGAGGGAGAUGACGCUCCUGUGUGUGGUCUACAAAAAUAUGUAGGUCAGAUCAAAAUUUGAAAUAUAUUUUCCUUUAACUGGGGAAUGAAAGUGACAUCCGGAAUAUGUGCAGUCUGAUUUGAGCAUCCCUACCUCUGAGCUUCAGCUUUCCCAUCUGUGGAGCAAGGGCAGGAGCCCCCACAUGUCCUGCCCAACUCACAAGGCUACAGGUAUUGUGAGGUCACACAGAUGUGCAAGACACCGUUGAUUACAAGAGGCAUUAUGUGGCAGGAAGGGUGUUUCUGGAAAGUCGGAUGUUUCCACAUGCAGUUUGUUAAAAUUAUUUAAAAUGAACAUCUGACAAGAGGAUAUUUUAUGUGAUGCUAAAAUUCCAUAAUCCCCACUAGCUUAUUAAAACUGUAGCACUUUGGAAGUUUAAUUUGAUUUUUCAGAAUGAUGGUAAUAUGAACAUGUUGAAAUCUCUGCAUUUUCCUAGUAACUCCAUUCUUAAUUAUGUUCUUUGACUCCUGUGCGCCUCCCUUUCCGUUCCAGGAUGUGAUACCAACAUGUUAUAAAAAUAUACACUGUAAUAUUUAUAACACAAGGAAAAACUGAGUUAUCAAUAUUUUGGCAUUAUAAUAAUGAGUUGGUUUAGUCAAUAAAUGUUAAUCCUACUAAACUGUAAAUGCCUUUAAAACAACACUAUUUUUUAACUUAAAAUAUAUUCUAAUUUGAAACACAACCCUGCUUCAACCCUAGGUCCUGAGAAACUGUUUACUAUCUGUUCCUGAGCCCUUUUUGCAGUCUAAUAUUUUUGAUCAAUGAACUCAUGUAUAAUGAAAUUAUUUACCUUUUUAAAGUUUGUGAUUACUAUGACUGCUUAGAGGAAGGCAAAGUCUGUCAGAUUUUGGUGUGAACACUCAUGGAAUCCUGUAAAGAUUACAUAUUUACUUGUUUGGAUAAAAAUGUUUUUUAGCAAAACCCUGUGAUAUCAAGCAUCAGAAGAGUUAGGAAAGACAUAAAAGCAAACCAAAACCUUUGCUGAAUCCUUAAUUUUAGUUGUAAUACUUCCUUGAUAUCUUAAGGACAUUGAUACCAAGUCCCAUACAUAGUAACUGUUAACAUAUAGAUCAUUUGCCUGUAAGUACAUGAACAUAGACACCUGAUUUUUAUCAGUGAAUAAAGUAAAAUACAUAGGUUGACCACGGUCUCCUGGAAUCUGGAAACAGGUGAGAGGAGAAUUUGUUGAAUCAUUUUAUACAAGCAAAACAAAAGCAUCGGUUGCUCCAGCAUGCCUCGUAUAUAGCAAAAGGAGCAAAGAAUGUGCUGUCA